AGAGAUCUUGGCGUCAUUCCCCAAGUCCCAUCUUCCACUUCGUUUCUUCAGUCACCGAUGACUCUCUCUCCGCCAUCACAACCACCGUCAUCCUCUCGCUUUUGUCUCUAGGAAACCUCAAAUAUCCAGGAAAAUUACCCGAUCCACCGAAAUGACCCGAACCACUUCCUUUCUCCGAUUUCUCUCUCUCUUCUUCCUCCUACUUUUUAUCUUUUCUCCCUCUUAUGGUGCCGCUGAUUCCCAUUUCGAAGGUUUCGAAGCUGAAGAGGACGAUGUCGUAGAGGAAACCAUAGACCAUGGCUCCUUUAAACUCACUGAUCUUCCCUUAACUCGGACCGAUUUACCGCGUGCUCCAAUCCCAGAUCCUGUAUUGGAAAAUUCUGAAGUGAACCCGAGUUCCGACUUGGAUUCUCAAUCUUCGAAACCACAACCGGAUCAGUUGAAACCCUCUUCUCCACCAUCGACCACCACCUUUGAAUACUGGGACGAAGAUGAAUUCGAAGGUGUCCCUGUUCAUCAACCUCCGCCGGAGACACCCAAAGAUGAGGAAUCUACCGUUCCUGCUGAUAAUCAAAACACAGAUCCAAAACCAAAGACGAUUUUUAAGAAGCAGCAAUCCUAUACAGUGGAGAUUUUUUUCGUCUCUUUCUUGAUCAUGUUCAUUAUCAAUUACUUCACUGGGAAACGCGAAAAUGAGAAUUUGGCGCUAUCUUGGGCAGCAAAAUUCGCUACCAAAGACUCGAUUUUCGAGAAGAAUUUUAGCCUGCUCGGCGUUGGGGAAGGCGAUGAUUCGCCGCUGUUGUUGAAAGAAGGGCAGAGCGUUUUCAAGUUUUAUGCUAGUGGUCGUAGGUACUGUCAAGGGUUAUUGGCUACCAUGGAAUUGAAAAGCAGGCACGAUUUGAUUGCAAGGAUCUAUAAUAUGAUAGUACCUUGCAAGGAUGAGAUUACUUUCGAGGUUUAUAUAAAUGAUGAUGCAAUGGAUCAUGUGGUUUUCGCGCUGGCAAAGAAGAAGGCGGCUAAAAGUAUGCAGAAAGAGGUGAGGGAUUUGCAGAGAUUUGCAGGAAUUGUUGCGCAGCCACCUAGUGGCAGGAAAUGGGUGUCUGAGGAAUUGGGUGUUAUUUCAGAGUCCAAGGAGGUUGCUGGGGAUUUGAUAACUGAGGCUGUGCUUGAGCAGGUUUUUGGUGAAAAAGCGUUUGAAAAAUUUGGCAAGGGUUUCAUCUCCAUGCAUUUUUCUGAUCAACACCCUGGAACACAUAGGAAGAUGCUAUUGUUCAAGUUUGCACUCCCCAAUGCUGACAACAUGGCUGAUAUGACUCGAUUGGUAGCACUGGUUCCUUAUUACAUUGAUCUAAUUGGGCGAUACAAGUUGAGUUCCCAGGCUCGAUCUAAAACAGAGGCAGCCAGGUCAAAAGCAGCCCAAGAGGCAUACAAAGAACUUCAAAACGCGAGACAAGAAGCACUGCAAAAAAAGAAGGCAGAGAGGAAAAAAAUGCUAGAGGAGGCUGAAGCAAAGCUCAGUGCAGAUGCUAUUCGAAAGAGAGAAGCAAAAGAACGUGCUCGUCAGAUGAAGAAGGGUAUGCCAAAAAUAAAGAUGACCCGUGCUCACUAGAUUUUUAAUCCCCUCAUUGGGCAAACCUCGUAUUUUACAUUCUUCCCUCGAUCAUUUUGGUUGUUGUGGCUUCUAUAGAUUUUCUUGAUUCCAUGCUCUCACGCAGUUGUACUUGUAGUGUUUAGAAUGUGACAAAAUGCAACACUGGAAACUUGAAAUUUUUCUUAGAUGACAUAUUUAACUUGGUUUCGGGAUUA